AAUUUCCUGGCUGUGCUGUUGAAAUAACAUCGGAGUGUGAUGUAGCAAUAGGGCAGAGGGGAGCAGCUGAGAAUCAGAGAUCCAGCAGCACACGUUUGUGUGGAAGAAAGGGAAAGGGCUGGCACGAAGGGGAAUUGGUAAAUUACCUAGCAAAAAAAGCACUCGGUCUUUCUCUGUCCCCACAGCUGGGCAUGAGCAUUGUUUCCCUGAGAGUCCUCUGGCACAUGAAGGAUGCCAACAGUGUGGAAAAAAAUAAAUAAAUGUUGCAACCACACGAUUAUGGCAUUUUCACUUCCUAAAGUGGGAGACAGAAAUUCCCCCGGGUCAUAUGAUCUGUGUUGAAAUGGCACCAGGAAGAGCAGCAGCAGCACAGUCAGCGAGUGCAGGGCGUCUCCAUCUGUACAAAAGCCUCUCCUGCCUGAGCCGGAGGUCAGAGCAGUGUAGGGAUGUGCGUGCAUGUAUGUACGUAGAGAGGCGAGGUGCAAAUAUCCUCCCAGCCAGAUUUUCUCUUGCACAACCCUGAUUCUGUGCAACCCAGGGGACCUUUUAUUUUCCCUUCGCCUCUCCACUUCAAGCAUGCCUCCAGAGCAGAACUUCUGAAAACACCAUUUCCUGCAGCACAUCACUAGGAAAGCAGCUCUUCUCCUUCCCUGAGAAGAGGCAACCAUCAGCACCAUGGUGGGGAUGACGAUGAUGAGAAUGUGGGUUGAGCCGGUGGUUGCGGGCUCCCAAGUGGCCAGUGCCUUCUACGACACGGCGCUGCUGCUGGUGGUGAAGAACUACUACAACCAGACCAACUCAACCGCUCCCUCCCACUUACUGCAAGAUGCUCAGCAGAAGGCUGUCUCUAAUUUUUAUAUCAUCUACAACCUCGUCCUGGGCCUGAGCCCGCUGGUGUCAGCCUACGGCUUGUCCAAGCUGGGGGACAAGAUUCAUCGGAAGAUCCCCAUCUGCUUACCUCUUCUUGGCUACCUGGGCUCCAAAUCUCUCCUGCUCCUCCUGAUCCUGCUGGACUGGCCGAUCGAGGUGAUGUACGGGGCUGCUGCUUUCAAUGGGCUAACAGGCGGCUUCACCACGUUCUGGGCAGGCAUCAUGGCUCUGGGAUCCCUGGGCUCCUCCGAGAGCAGGAGGUCUCUACGGCUGAUCAUUAUUGAGCUGGUGUAUGGCCUCGCUGGCUUUCUGGGAAGCAUGGCAUCUGGCUACCUCUUUGUCGGCUUCAGCGACCGCUAUCGAGAGGGCACUGUGCUGGUGAGCUGCAGCAUCGCUUGCUAUGCUUUCUGUCUCCUCUACAGCAUUUUUGUCCUGAUAGUCCCCAAGUCAGCACCCUCCUGCACAGCCAAAGCCAAGAGUGUAGAGGAGGUUGGUGGCCAGGUACCAGCUUGCACAGGAGCAGCAGAGAGUGCUCAGCCUUCAGAAAGCAGCAGCAAAGCCCCAGUAACACCCUCAAAAUUCAUCAUCAUCGUCCUCUUUGUGGCAGCAAUCCUCUAUGACCUUGCCGUGGUGGGCGCCAUGAAUGUACUUCCACUCUUCUUGCUCAGGGAGCCUCUGAGCUGGAAUGCUGUGCAGAUUGGCUAUGGCAAUGCCGCUGGGUAUGCCAUCUUCAUCACCAGCUUCCUGGGGGUAUUCGUGUUCUCCAAGUACCUUAGGGACAUUACCAUGAUCAUAAUUGGAGUGGUGUCCUUCACCGCUGGUGUCCUCAUCAUGGCCUUCGUGCGGUGGACAUUUCUGUUCUACAUUGCACGGGCAGUGAUGCUCUUUGCCCUCAUCCCCUUGCCGACCAUCAGAUCCAUGCUAUCCAAGCAUGUUGAAGGAUCAUCCUAUGGUAAGGUGUUUGUCCUGCUGCAGUUGUCCUUAGUCAUCACAGGAGUAGUGACAUCUACAGUCUUCAACAAGAUCUAUCAAAACACACUGAACUGGUACAGCGGCUUCUGUUUCAUUUUGUCUUUUCUAGCUGGCUGCCUCAGCCUCCUCCCUUUAAGCAUUGUGGCCAUCAAACAACGUUCAACCACUGGCUCCUUUCAGAUUCUGACCAAGUGACGGAAGCUUUACCACCAAAAGCAUCUUUUGGUCUCGAUCAGUUCCCUGAGCAAUGUGAGUGGAAGGUUUCCGAGCAUUUGUUCCUACCAUUGGCUUCGUUACAGGAACCAUCUCAUCCAUGUCUUCACCUCACAGCACGCCACAGUCCCUCAGCCACUGAGCUUACCCAGGACAAAGAAGUUUUCCCUGUUAUUUUUGCAGUACAUUAUUUUGCAGAGAAUAUACACUGGCUGUUGAACACCAGCAGUCUCCAGAGCACCCUGCUUCCACUCUAGGCUACUUGGCAGUAGUGGAGACAGACAAGAACAAAGUAGAAGUGGCAAGGGUGUUUCCAGGCACAUCAUUCAAUUUAGAAGGGGAAAGCAAAGGAUCAGCUAUAGUUCUUCUCGUCUCUUUGGUCUGAAACCUGAGGACAGUGCUGUGACUGUGGCUUUUGAGGCAGGUGUCCACAAGCAGCAUGCAGUGUGUGCACGGUGGUCAGCAAGAUGCGCCUACUUUCUGACAUAAACUAUGGACAAGUGUGAAGAAUGUCAGCCCAGCUGACUGAUGUUAUGGAGAAGACUACUGAAAUACAGAAAAAACAUGGUAAAAAAAUGUAAGAUUAAGGUACAUUUUUCUAAUCCCUACAAUAAAAACACUCCUCAG